UAUUGUACUUCCAUCACAGCAAUAUCUGCUGCAGUAUCGAAUGCAAAGAAUUUUAUUUAUUUUACUUUUCAUCGCACAGUGCUGCCAGAGUACAGGAGGCGAAACAAAUCCUACCAGUACUGUUAUUUGGGCGCGAACGGCGAAAAGUGUCAAACAAGCAGCAGCAAAGUGGUGGUUUGGGAAGCUUCCAUUCUGUAUUGCAAGGAGACGCGGUUGCACGUUGAGUUCAGCAAAAGUUACAAUUCGUUUUUGUUUGUUCCCGGGAAAGUAAAUCGAGACAGAUACAUCAUGGCCGACGAUAAGAAGGACCCCAAGAGUUCCGAGUCGGAGCAUAUCAAUCUGAAGGUGCUCGGACAGGAUAACGCUGUCGUGCAGUUCAAGAUCAAGAAGCAUACACCGCUCCGCAAGCUCAUGAACGCUUAUUGCGAUCGGGCCGGACUAUCGCUGCAAGUCGUCCGCUUCCGAUUCGAUGGACAACCAAUCAACGAGAACGACACUCCGACCACGCUGGAGAUGGAGGAAGGCGACACCAUCGAGGUGUACCAGCAGCAAACGGGCGGCCAGUAGAGCGGAUGAGCGUGUGCAGGGGAGGGGGAGAGGAGAAGAGGAGGAAGCGUUGAACCGGAAGAAAGAAAGACGACGCUGGAUGCAGCGGGAGGGCAGAUGUCACAACUAUAUGCUGUGUGCGAGCGAACAACAUCUUGUGGAAGUAACGGACCGGCCAGGUGGCAGCAUUAUAAAUUAACCAUACCUAUAUUAAGCGCGUGAACUAAAGCACGUGAAAUAAAUAAUAUGUGAAUCCCAA